GCGGCGGCGCGCUGCCGGCGAGCUUCCCGCGCGGCACGUUUGUCUCCACCCGCGGCUCGUCCGCACCACCGUCUCGGUCCGACCUAACCUGAUAUUCUACACUCGAUGACUCACAAACAUACCGGCUCAGACACCAGGAGUGUAGUGCGAUCGUGUUAGAUGUGAGCGGGAGUGCUGUGUGGUUCUGGUGCCUGUGAUGUGGGGAGUGCGAUGGCGCUGAGAGGCAGCAUGUCGCCUCUGGCGCUGUUCAUGCCUCUGCUAGCGGUCGCCGCGCUUGCUAACCAGUUAGAGGACAUACCCCACAAUGAAGUCAAAAACUGGGCAUUGAAAUUCGGCGUGGAUUUAUGGGAAUUCGGAAGGCACUUCACAAAAAUGAAUCAGAUACAAAACAAAUACCACGAGUACAACGUGGAGGUGGCGCGCAAGGACGGGCUGCUGCUAGUGCGCGAGCUGGCCGCCGAGGUCAAGAACCACAUGGACUUCAAGAUUAACGCCGUUAUGCGUAUAAUGGACUCGGCGGAGGCGGCAGCGCUGUCGUCGGGCGGCUCAGACGGCCCGGGCGCGUACUACGACGCGCGCUGGCUAAACGUGCACGCUGACGACGGCACGCUGGCCGCACGUGCACGCCGCCUAGUCCUAGCACCUAGCCGACACUUCGACCACAUCGCCGUCAACGCGAGCUACAGCGCGGUGCUGAUGCCGCCCUACAUCAACGUUGAGAAUGGCGAUGUGCAGAAUCAGAUCGCGUGGUCCGAGCACCUCGACCCGCUGUUCGUGAACAACUACGAGAUCGACCCAUCGCUCUCGUGGCAGUACUAUGCCUCAUCCACAGGCUUCAUGAGGCGGUAUCCAGCCAUGUCCUGGCCUCCUGAAGACGGCUACUCGCAUCACGCACGCGACUUCUACGACUUCCGCUCUUCCAACUGGUUCGUGGAAGCGGCCACGUCUCCCAAAGACCUGGUCAUCCUCUUGGAUGACUCGGAUGACUUGGGGUCUUCCUACUGGAGACUGGCCAAGGCCACCGUCUCGGGGCUACUGGAUACUCUGGGCCCGAACGACUUCGUCAACGUGUACCGGUAUAGCGAUACCGUGUCCGAGAUACACUCCUGCUAUACGAAGAUUUUGGCUCAGGCUGUGCCGGAAACGAUAAGGGAGCUGAAAACCGCCCUGUGGGCCGCCGAGGCGACCGGCGGUGCGGCCAAUCUCACUGGCGCGCUCACUAGUGGCUUCGAAAUAUUGCAUAGGUAUAACCGCACGGGCCAAGGCUGCCAGUGCAACCAAGCAAUCGCGGUGGUGGGCGCGGGCGGCGGCGCGGCGGGGGUGAAGGGCGUGUUCCGAACGUGGAACUGGCCACAUAUGCCCGUGCGCAUCUUCAGCUACGGCGUGGGAGGAGAUGCUGCGUCCGGACACAACAUGAAGGACAUGGCUUGCACUAACAAAGGAUUCUACGUGUCAAUAAACGAGCAUUCGGAAAUCAGACCGAAGGUGCUGCACAUGAUCGAGGUGCUGGCUCGACCACUCGUCAUGUACCAGACUAUGCAUCCUGUGCAUUGGAGCCCCGUCUACGUCGGCGGAAGGAGUAGCAACCUGGACGAUGAUGGCAUGGGCCAGUUGAUGACGUCGGUAACGGUACCGAUCUUCGACAGGAGAAACCACACGCAUCGAGAAGCUAAUUUACUCGGUGUGGUGGGCACAGAUGUACCUGUCGAUCAAAUAAAGAAGCUCGUGCCACCAUAUAAGUUGGGAGUAAACGGUUACUCGUUCAUGGUGGAUAACAACGGGCAUGUUUUAUAUCAUCCGGAUCUCAGGCCUUUGUAUACCAAUGAGGAAUACACUGAGACGCUCCGUCCGCUCUACUCUAGCGUGGACCUAACAGAUGUAGAGCUGCUCGUGGACGCAGACGAGAACUCACGCGUCAACCUUACUUCUCUACUGCUCGAUCUCCGACACGACAUGAUUGAACAACGCGAAGGUGAAACCGAGAUCGGUGUGAAAGUUCAAUAUGGAAGCAUGCGACGCGUAGCCACGCGCCGCCAGCGUUACUUCUACAGCCCUGUAGAAGGAACUCCAUACUCGCUUGCUAUAGUGCUGCCGGAUGGCUACGGCAUGUAUGAGUUACAGGCUGAGCAGGAGGUCAAGCACAGUCCAAUAAAUGUUACCGAAUACUUUAAAGGAGACAACUGGAAAAUUCACCCAGAAUGGGUAUACUGCGAAUACGCCUCAACGUCCGACCAGACAUUCAACACCGCAGAGGAACAGUUACUGCACUUCUUAGCGCGCGCAGGUCGUCCCGGCUGGAAGUGGAUGAGCCUGCGCCCGCGCGCGCUCACGCUUCACAACAUGCAUAAGAAACAGGACCGGGACUCCUACUACUGUGACAAGAAUUUAGUGCAAUCUCUCGUUCGGGAUGCAAUGGUAAUAAAAGAGUUGGACGCACACACUGGACACGCGAGCCACCAUAAUCACCCGAUAGCAACUUUAAUGGCACUACUGACAAGGCAAGGGCGGUUCCACAAGUUCGUGGUGUCGAUGUCGUUCAUCGCGACGCGCAGCGGCCUCUUCCGGUGGACGGACAACAACAACAGCACGAGGACUGGCGACACCUCUGAACCUCACUUCAGCGAGCGCUACGCGCGUGCAUUCGAUUCGGAAUGGUACCGACGCGCCGUCGAGCACCACAACAUCGAGCCGGAGAGCUUCGUGUUCUCCGUGCCGUUCCGAGACGCCGCCGAAUCCGCCGCGACGCCUCUGGUGCUAGCCACGCACGCUGUAUUCGUGGAGUCGAGAGGCCACCGUGCCCCUGCCGCGGUCGUUGGUCUCCAGUUCCAUCUGGACUCGCUUGCUAAACACUUCCUCAACGUUACAUCCACGUGCACAGCGGGCACGACCUGCAAAAAGACCUGCGCUGGCGACGCGCUGGACUGCUACAUCCUCGACGACAACGGCUUCAUCAUUCUGUCCGAGGACGCGGCGCAGACCGGCCUCUUCUUCGGCCAAGUGGACGGCACGAUCAUGGACUCGCUCGUGCAAGAUCGGAUCUAUAAGAAGGUCACGGUUCACGACCGUCAAGGACGCUGCCCGGAUUCGAGGAAUCCUUUCAGUGGAGAUGGAAACAAGCUCACGCCAUUCAAACCGCUAUCAUGGCUUGGAGGAUACCUCACAAGUUUAUUAGCAGUCUGGUUUCCUCUGUGGCAGUCUGCCAAAGCUCACGCUCACCCAUAUGCGGACGAUGAUAUAGCUGACACAUCGGUUAACGAAGACUACGAAGACUACGAACACGACGGCGACGAGGACCCUGAUGAGGAGGAGCGCGACCGCGGCAAGUACGAGAUCAUCAUCGACGGCUACGGCGCCGAGAAGCCGGUGGAGCGGCCCCCCGGCGCCGGCGCGCCGCGCGAGCCGCCCCGCGAGGCCGCGCGCUCCGCGGCCGUCCGCCCUUGCGACACCAGCGCCGAGCUGUUCACGCUGCAAUCCACGAGGCUUAAUGCUGCGCAGCCGUUGAAGGGGAAGCUGACUAACUGUCACAACUCCGGCUGCGAGAGACCGUUCAGCGUCCAAAAGAUCCCGCACAGCAACCUGAUUCUGCUAGUGGUGGACACGCUAUGCCCCUGCGGCGCCAAGCGGCUAGAUGUGCGCGCACGCGAGGCACCUCCGCGCACCGUGUGCCGCCGCCACCCCGCGCACGCCACGCGCCGCCGGCCACGGCACUGCGUCUCCUAUCACCCAGAGGAAAUCGAAAUCCUUUCAUGCGGUCGCGGCUCGAGUACACGAGCGCCCUGGGCGCUGCUGCUGGCGACGGUGACGGCGCUGCGGUGGCUAGCGCGCGCCACGUGACUGCCCGCCAGCCCUCGCUAACUCCACCUCUUCUAACGAGCCCGGAGCCGAGCUCAUCGGACACACCGCUAAAUGUUCCAGCCUCUUUGUUAUAACCUACUAACGCACACUACUCGUUCGAGGGCUUCGAAGACCGAAGUAUAGUUGUUCAGUGCUCCAGUGUAAGGACAGUUGGCGAGCGCUCCCGGGCGCACCGGGCCCCGCGGCCCGGACGCCCUUGAGCUCUCCUAGGUUACGUCGCGCGGAACCACGAGUUUUGAUCUAUUUUACCGACUGAAGUUUUGGUCCGACCAAAUGAACUUUUGACCUUGUUUUGAGACAGGACGAUACUCGAUUUAGGAAACGAUAAUAAAUAAAAUAUUUCUCCCUCUCGGUUAAGUUGUCAGUUUUCAUAUUGCGGCAAACACCGCCGCGUGCAGUAAUAGGUAGGUAACGAAUGUCUUGUUAAAUUUAAAUCGAAGAUUAUCACAAACUUGGAGAUCUUAUAAAUUAUAGCUAAUGUUAAUAGAUAUUGAAAGAUAAAUUAAUGUAAAAUAAAGAUAUGGUUUAAAACUGUUUUAGAAAAAUUUACCUAUGUUGAUCCGAAACUCGAUUUAUUUCUUGAUAUCUGUCAUUCACAUAUUUAUAUCGCUAAACUUAUUGACUAGUUGCAUAGGGUUGAUGUAAAUAAGAAAUAUUUUAUUUGUAGGCAGUUCUUUUGCUGAAUUUAUGUGUGCCAGUGCGUGUUGCCUGUCAAUCGAAGUGUCGAGGACAUACUAGUGUAAUUGUUGCUGUUAUUAAAAAAAAACAUCUGUAUGAUUACAUACUAAGUGGCACCCGGUUUGCUUUUGAUUGUAAUUUGUAAAAAUUGUCUUUUAAGGCUUCGCAAGUCAUUGAAGUAUCUACUCGUAUUUGUGAGCGCAUUAACAGCCAGUCGGCAUCAAAAAUGGCUAAGGGAGUCUGGCAUCCAAAAAGUUUAGACAAGCUUUCAUUAUCUUAUCAACAAAAAUGUGUUCAGAUCAUUGUGGUCACUUAUCCCGCAGAAGAAGCGGUCUAUUUCUGGUGCUGGCUGGACAAGUAGACAUACCUUAAAAUGCAGCCGGUGUUAGGUACCUACUUCCUCGACACAGCGACAUGGCCACUUUCAUACGUCUAGUUGUUAGUGAUUUUCUCGCCUAAUCUUCAAAUAAUGCUGUAAUUGGGGAAUCUGUAAACAGUUCCAUUUUUUAUUGUAAAUAUUUUACUAACUUAAAUGGCCUACUACAAUUUUAGAACGUGUGUUGCUAAUAUUUAAGUCGUUCUGUAAUUAAAUUAAUGAAACUACGUCAUUCCGAUUCGACUAUCACGUACCCACUUUAAGUUGUACUUAUAAUCCAUUUAGCAAUAAUAACAUCGUCACUUCAUUUCACCUUUAUUCCGGAAUUCUGAGAGACCAGAAUAUUUUUCAAAAUCCACUCUUUUUACUUUCAUACAAAAGUUAACGUUUGGCAGUAAUUAACAUGAUAAGCUCAUACUUACACUUGUUUGUAUUUGAUAUAAAUGUGAAGCUAACUAGAAUUAAAGUUGAGAUCCCAUAUACCUUACCUAUCGAAUAUAGACAUUUUGUAUAUCAUAUCAAAUAGUACCUAUUUAUAAUCUAGUACACGAGUACGCAGCUUGCUAUUGUCCGUUAUAUGUAUAAUUCCAAACGUUUGAAAUAGUACAAAAUUCAUAGACAUGUAUAAAAUAGUUAACACACUGGAAGUGCCAAACCACAGUCUACCUAUUAUUUCCAACCACAGAUUAUAUUGAGUGUCGGCGAUAGUUUUGUAUCUCCUAUUACAGGAGUUUAUAAAACAUAAAUCGUUUUUGGAGAUCCUGGACACUGGAUAUUAUAGUUAUACCUUGUCGCUGCAACAUGGCAAUACAAUUUAAACCAAUGCAUAUCAAAUGAUUAAAAGCGACUUGGUACUACUGAUAAUGCCCAGAUGUUAAGGCUGAGCAAGUUGGUAAUCCUGAGGACAAUGGUGAGCGACUACUUGUUCAUCACAUGCUGGUCAUAGACAUUUGUUUUACCUACCUACCUUCAUCUUUUCUCUCCAAAUCGAUUGAAUGUUCUCCGUGCUAAGUAGAAUAUCUACUUAAAGCGUUUAAGCAUAAUAUUUUCGAAAUACCGUAAAGAGAAUGGAGAACAGAUAUUAAGAUAGGUAUGUGAAGCAAAAUGCCUGAGAACGACACAAAUGUAUCAUCGAUUAGAUCGGUCAUAUCACGUAUCGUAACAUACCUACACAUAUUCAGAGUAUAAAGACAAUUGUUGGAAGGCGAUUUUGAGAAAUUGUACAUUUUGUAUAAAUAAUACAGUAAGGAAUCGAUAUAAUGGCGUAGUAGAGGUUUGUUGUACGGGUGAGUGGCGAAUGGCGAACGACUGGUGAUUGAAUUGCUUCUAGCAAGCGUCGAGUCUUCCAUAGCAGUCGAACGCGUCUCGAGUGUUUACUAUAAUAACGUCUAAGUAUUAAACGAUAAUAAUAUAGCGUAUACUUAACAUAGCAUAGCUGAGCCCGCCAAAGCGGGGCGGAGUGGGUUUUUUUACUGGCACUUGGCGGGAUUUAGUUUACGAGAAUAUAUAGACACAAAACGAAUACCUCGUUUAGUUACGCAAAACGUAAAUAGCUAGACAGAAUUGUGAUUAUUUCGCGUUUAUUUCUCAAACAUAUCAAUUCAGGCACCAAAUAAAACUAUAGUAUAAGCGAUUUACCAUAUGAUUCUAUGUGAUUUUUUGAAUAAGUUAAGUUUACCUACUUGCAAGUGAAACAGUGAUCUCAAAAAAACUUUGCCACUUUACAUAUCUCAUUAUCGGUGUUGUGUACCUACGUUUCGCUCGGAAAGGAAAAGCGAUUUUUCAUAUUCUAACAAUUUCCUCAUGAUAAUGUUUUCAUUAUAAGUACCUAGUUACCUACUUUCAAGGAAUUAUUUUAAGUCUGUUUUAGAAUUAGGUACGCGGCCAACAAUUUUGAAGUCACUGUUUUUAUUAUUCCUUGUAUUUACUUAAUAAAUUGUAUGAUUGGUAUAGUUCUAUUAUUGGGCACGACCACUCUGUGAACAUGGUUCUUUAGUGUGAUUUUAGAGAAGUACUUACUCUUCUUUUGUUAUUUGCCAGAUCAUGCUAUAGAUAUACGGUAAUUAAAACAAUAAAGUUCUCUUAUAAACAUUGUGA